CGCUCAGAUGCUCGUCGGCAUUUGGCGCGUGCAGUUCAGUUCAGUUCAGUUCGGAGGUUCAGCAGUCGCUUUUUAUACGCAAACGUUCUAAAAUUAAACAAUUCGCGGAAGCACUGGGAGAAAUUAUCUGAUUGUUCGGCAGGCAAAGCCUAGGCGACAUGUAAGCCGCACUUGCGCAGUGUUCGAGCACCGCUUCCAGUGAUAAACACCGCCAACCGCCAACCAACCAACCAAGUGAUAAACGAGUGGUUCUAGCUUGGAACUUCCGCCCGCGGAACGCGCUUAUCGCCGCGAUUUGUUUCGCCUCGAACAGUUCUUGAAGGAACAUCCAUCUGGUGAGAAGUGCGUGGUGUUCCGCCUCGAAAUGCGAGUUCCGCUGCUCCUGCUGCAGCUCUUCGGCCUGCUUCUCCUGCUCUCCGGCGGAGCCAAGGCCGCCUACUGCCCUUCAGGAUGCAGCUGCGUGGAGCGAACCGUGCGCUGCAUCCGCGCCAAGCUCUCCGCCGUGCCCAAGGUGCCACAGGAUACCCAAACUCUGGAUUUGCGCUUCAACCACAUCGAGGAGCUGCCGGCGAACGCGUUCAGUGGCCUCGGCCAGCUGACGACGCUCUUUCUGAACGACAACGAGCUCUCCUUCCUCCAGGACGGAGCUCUCAACGGGCUGUCGGCGCUGCGGUUCCUCUACCUGAACAAUAAUCGGCUAAGCCGCUUACCGGCUUCCCUCCUCCAGCGAGUGCCACGCCUGGAGGCGCUGUUCCUGGAGAACAACGACAUUUGGCAGCUGCCCGCCGGACUCUUUGACAACUUGCCGCGUCUGAACCGCCUGAUCAUGUACAACAACAAGCUGACCCAGCUGCCAGUGGACGGCUUUGCCCGGCUGAACAGCCUCAAGCGGCUCCGACUGGACGGCAACGCCAUCGACUGCAACUGCGGGGUGUACUCCCUCUGGCGCCGCUGGCACCUCGAUGUCCAGCGCCAGCUGGUGGCCAUCUCGCUCUCCUGCUCCGCCCCCCAGGCCCUCCAGCACCAGGGACUCGCCAGCCUCGGCGAGCACCACUUCAAGUGCGCGAAGCCGCAGUUCCUGGUGGCGCCCCAAGACGGCCAGGCAUCCGCGGGGGAGCAGGUGGAGCUGAGCUGCGAGGUCACCGGCCUGCCACGCCCCCAGGUCACGUGGGUGCACAACACGCAGGAGGUAACUCUGAAUGGCGGGGAGCAGGCGCGGACGGAGAUCCUGCCCAGCGGCAGCCUGCUCAUCCACAGCGCGGAGCCAAGUGACAUGGGCAUCUACCAGUGCGUCGCCACCAAUGAGAUGGGCGAGCUGCGCUCCCAGCCGGUCCGCCUCCUAGUUAAUGGCCAGACACCCAGCCACCCAGUGGAAGACUCUCCCUUGGACCAGGAUGACCGCAGCAACCAAGUGUGGGGUGAUUCCCCCACCUCCUCCAGUAGAACUCCCUCGCCUCCGCAGUUCACCCAGCAGCCCCGCGACCAGAUUGUGGCGCUCCACGGCUCCGGUCACGUGCUCCUCGACUGCGCCGCCUCCGGGUGGCCCCAGCCGGACAUCCAGUGGUUCGUCAACGGGCGCCAGCUCUCGCAGUCCACGCCCGCUCUCCAGCUGCAGGCCAACGGCAGCCUCGUCCUGCUGCAGCCCAGCCAACUCUCGGCGGGAACCUAUCGGUGCGAGGCUCGCAACUCUCUGGGAAGCGUUCAGGCUACAGCCCGCAUCGAACUGAGGGAAUUGCCCGAAAUUUUAACCGCGCCGCAAAGCCAAACAAUCAAGCUGGGCAGGGCCUUUGUGCUGGAGUGCGACGCCGACGGCAAUCCGCUGCCCACCAUCGACUGGCAGUUCAAUGGGAGUCCCCUCCUCGCGGCCAGCAGCCCCUCCCCCUCCGCCGCCGCCUCCGCCCCCGCGGAUAUCCAGCUGGAGAACGAGAACACCGAGCUGGUGGUGAGCGCCGCCCGCCAGGAGCACGCCGGAGUCUACCGAUGCACAGCGCGCAACGAGAACGGGGAGACGAGCGUGGAGGCCACCAUCAAGGUGGAGCGGUCGCAGUCGCCCCCAGUCCUUGCCAUCGAGCCGACCAACUUGGUGGCCAUCACGGGCACCACCAUCGAGCUGCCCUGCCAGGCCGACCAGCCGGAGGACGGCCUCCAGAUUACGUGGCGCCACGAUGGACGGCUUAUUGAUCCGAAUGUUCAGCUGACGGAGAAGUACCAAAUAAGCGGCGCAGGGAGCCUGUUCGUGAAGAAUGUGACCAUUCCCGACGGCGGGCGGUACGAGUGCCAGGUGAAGAACCAGUUCGGCAGGGCCUCCGCCUCCGCGUUGGUUACCAUCAGAAACAAUGUUGACCUGGCUCCCGGCGACCGAUACGUGCGCAUCGCCUUCGCGGAGGCGGCCAAGGAGAUCGACCUGGCCAUCAACAACACCCUGGACAUGCUCUUCUCGAACAGAUCGGACAAGGCGCCCCCCAACUACGGCGACCUGCUGCGGGUGUUCCGCUUCCCCACCGGAGAGGCGAGGCAGCUGGCGAGGGCGGCGGAGAUCUACGAGCGGACCCUGGUGAACAUCAGGAGACACGUGCAGGAGGGCGACAACCUGACGAUGGCCAGCGAGGAGUACGAGUUCCGGGACCUGCUCUCCCGGGAGCACCUGCACCUGGUGGCGGAGCUGUCCGGCUGCAUGGAGCACCGCGAGGCGCCCAACUGCACGGACAUGUGCUUCCACUCGCGCUUCCGCAGCAUCGACGGCACCUGCAACAACCUGCAGCACCCCACGUGGGGCGCCUCCCUCACCGCCUUCCGUCGUCUGGCGCCUCCGAUCUACGAGAACGGGUUCAGCAUGCCCGUGGGCUGGACCAAGGGGAUGCUCUACUCCGGCCACCCCAAACCCAGCGCUAGACUGGUAUCCACUUCCCUGGUGGCCACCAAGGAGAUCACGCCGGACGCCAGGAUCACGCACAUGGUGAUGCAGUGGGGCCAGUUCCUGGACCACGACCUCGACCACGCCAUUCCCUCGGUGAGCUCCGAGAGCUGGGACGGCAUCGACUGCAAGAAGAGCUGCGAGAUGGCCCCGCCCUGCUACCCCAUCGAGGUGCCCCCCAAUGAUCCGCGCGUGCGCAACCGGAGGUGCAUCGACGUGGUGCGGUCCAGCGCCAUCUGCGGAUCGGGGAUGACCUCGCUCUUCUUCGACAGCGUGCAGCACCGCGAGCAGAUCAACCAGCUGACCUCCUACAUCGACGCCUCGCAGGUGUACGGCUACUCCACGCCGUUCGCCCAGGAGCUGCGCAACCUGACCGCCGAGGAGGGCCUCCUCCGCGUGGGCGUCCACUUCCCGCGCCAGAAGGACAUGCUGCCCUUCGCCGCGCCCCAGGACGGGAUGGACUGCCGCCGGAACCUGGACGAGAACACAAUGAGCUGCUUCGUCUCCGGCGACAUCCGGGUGAACGAGCAGGUGGGCCUCCUGGCCAUGCACACCGUCUGGAUGCGGGAGCACAACCGGAUAGCCAGGAAGCUGAAGGAGAUAAAUCGGCACUGGGACGGGGACACCCUGUACCAGGAGGCGCGCAAGAUAGUGGGCGCCCAGAUGCAGCACAUCACCUUCAAGCACUGGCUGCCACUCAUCGUCGGGGAGAGCGGGAUGCGGAUGAUGGGCGAGUACCGGGGCUACGACCCCCAGGUGAACCCCAGCAUCGCGAACGAGUUCGCCACGGCCGCCCUGCGCUUCGGACACACCAUCAUCAACCCGAUCCUGCACCGCCUGAACGAGACCUUCCAGCCGAUCCCCCAGGGCCACCUGCUGCUCCACAAGGCCUUCUUCGCCCCCUGGCGCCUGGCCUACGAGGGCGGAGUGGAUCCCCUGAUGCGGGGGUUCCUGGCCGUGCCCGCCAAGCUGAAGACCCCCGACCAGAACCUCAACACGGAGCUCACGGAGAAGCUCUUCCAGACGGCGCACGCCGUGGCGCUCGACCUGGCGGCCAUCAACAUCCAGCGCGGCAGGGACCACGGCAUGCCAGGCUACAACGUCUACAGGAAGCUCUGCAACCUCUCGGUGGCGCAGGACUUCGAGGACCUCGCCGGGGAGAUCGGCAGCGCGGAGAUCCGACGCAAGAUGAAGGAGCUCUACGGGCACCCGGACAACGUGGACGUCUGGUUGGGCGGCAUCCUGGAGGACCAGGUGGAGGGCGGCAAGGUGGGUCCCCUCUUCCAGUGCCUCCUGGUGGAGCAGUUUAAACGCCUCCGAGACGGCGACCGACUGUACUACGAGAACCCCGGGGUCUUCUCCCCCGAGCAGCUCACGCAGAUCAGGCAGGCCAACUUCGGAAGGGUGCUGUGCGACGUGGGCGACAACUUCGACCAGGUCACCGAGAACGUGUUCAUCCUGGCGAAGCACCAGGGCGGCUACAAGCAGUGCGAGGACAUCCCCGGCAUCAACCUGUACUUGUGGCAGGAGUGCGCCAGGUGCGAGAGUUCCCCUUCGGUCUUCCAAUCCUUCGUGCCGCAAACCUACGUGAAGAGGAGCAGCAGCAGCAGGCAGAAGAGGGAGGUCCAGGAGGAGGAGGUGGCCACCGCCGAGAGCUACGACAGCCCACUGGAGUCGCUGUACGACGUAAACGAGGAGCGGGUCAGCGGGCUGGAGGAGCUCAUCGGCAGCUUCCAGAAGGAGCUGAAGAAGCUGCACAAGAAGCUGCGCAAGCUGGAGGACUCCUGCAACGCCGCGGACUCCGAGCCGGUGGCCCAGGUGGUCCAACUGGCGGCCGCUCCUCCGGUCCAGGUGGCGGCCAAGCCGAAGCGGAGCCACUGCGUCGACGACAAGGGCACCACGCGACUGAACAACGAGGUGUGGUCCCCGGACGUGUGCACCAAGUGCAACUGCUUCCACGGGCAGGUGAACUGCCUGCGGGAGCGCUGCGGCGAGGUCACCUGCCCGCCCGGAGUGGACCCCCUGACGCCCCCCGAGGCCUGCUGCCCCCACUGCCCCCCGAUGGUCAAGUGAGCCGCCGGCCACUGAAUUACGCAUAUCGCAUAUCGCAUCUCGAUGUACGAGCACACGUUUAUCCAUAGUAUACGUAGUAGCCACACUCACUCUAAUCAAAACCGAAUAAACCGAAAACACUCGAACACCGGCAAUUGCGCAAUGAGCAUGUUUAAUUGACAAUUAACUAACAAUGUACUGCUACACAUGUAAUAAAAUAAAGCACAUUAAUAACCCAUAAAA